AACAGCUAAUCAUCCACCAUUUCUGCCGACUUUGUCAAUCCCCACCACCCCACUUCCCCUAUAUCCUUCAUCUCCAACAAUCCUCCUUCAUUACAACAAACAACCUCAAAAAAAACUGAUGCAACAAAAAACAUAGUUCCAAACUAGCUUCCAAACAUGAUCAUGUCUCCCACAACCAAUCUCUCCCUCUCCAUCCUCCUCCUCCUCUCCCUCACCGCCUCCUCCUCCGACAUAAGCAUCCUCUUCGACUUCAUCACAAACCUCACCAACACCCAAACCCUUAACUGGGACACCAUCCCGCCGCCCCUCUGCGUCGGCAACUUCUCCAACUGGACCGCCGUCCUCUGCAGAGACGGCCACAUCUCCGGCCUCCAGCUCGAGAGCAUGAGCCUCUCCGGCCCCAUCAACGCCCCCGUCCUCGCCCCCCUCAACCUCUUCAGCCUCAGCCUCGCCAACAACAGCUUCUCCGGCCCCUUCCCGGCCGAUAUAAACAAGCUGACACGGCUCAGGCGCCUGUUCCUCAGCCACAACAACUUCAGCGGCUCGAUCCCCGACAAGGCCUUCAAUGGGAUGACGGCGCUGAAAGAGGUGCAUUUGGCAAACAAUGGCUUCGUGGGGAAGAUUCCGAGUAGUUUGAUAAGGGUGCAGCAGUUGUCGAAUCUCUCGUUUCAGAAUAAUCAGUUUGAAGGGAAGAUUCCGGAUUUUUGGCAGGAGGGUUUGCUUGCGAAUUUUUCGAAUAAUAGGCUUCGCGGCGCCAUCCCCGACGUCCUCAGCUAUGAGGAUGCAAGCAUGUUUUCUGGCAACCUCGGCCUAUGCGGCCAUCCCCUCUCUCCAUGCCCCAAGAUAUGGUACAGGAAAACCGCGUUCAUCGCCGCCGCAUCCGCGGCCGCCGCCAUCGCCUUGAUCUCCAUCCUCCUCCUCCUGUGGCGCCGCCGGCGAACACGGCCGCUGAGAUACCAGAAAUCAGUGAACCAAUUCAAAAACGAAGCUACAAAAACAGAGAAUAUCAAUGCAAUUCACAACAAAACAGAGGAUCAAGGGAAGAUUCAAUUCGUGAGAAGCGGCAGAGAGAGAUUCGAGCUCGAAGACCUGCUGAAAGCCGCCGCGGAGGUUUUGGGAAGCGGAAGCUUCGGAUCUUCUUACAAAGCUCUGCUUCUCACCGGAAAACCUUACGUUGUGAGAAGGUUCAAACAGAUGUCUAAUGUCGGAAAAGAGGAUUUUUAUUACCAUAUGAAGAAAUUAGGGCGGGUGACGCACCCGAAUCUGCUUCCGUUGGUGGCUUUCUAUUAUAAUAAAGAGGAGAAGCUUCUUAUCAGUGAUUUCGUCGAAAAUGGCAGCUUGGCAAGCCACCUUCACGGAAAAAGAAAACCGGACCAGCCCGGUUUGGACUGGCCGACCCGGUUGAGAAUCGUGAAGGGCGUGGCGAGGGGGCUCGCGCAUCUGUAUGCAGAGUUCCCGUCGCUCGCGCUCCCCCACGGCCACCUGAAGUCCUCGAACGUGCUGCUGGACGGCGCGUUCGAGGCGGUAGUCUCGGACUACGCGCUGACCCCUGUGAUCAACAGGGACCACGCGCGGGAGUUCAUGGUGGCCCACAAGUCGCCCGAGUCGAUGCAGAGCGACAGGGUGACGCGGAAGACGGACGUGUGGAGCCUGGGGAUCCUGAUACUGGAGGUGCUGACGGGGCGGUUCCCGGCCAACUACCUGAGGAGCGGGAGGGGGCCGGGGGCGGACCUGGCGACGUGGGUGAACUCGGUGGUGAGGGAGGAGUGGACGGGGGAGGUGUUCGACAAGGAGAUGGGGCUCGGGAGGAGCUGCGAGGGGCAGAUGCUGAGGCUGCUGAAGAUCGGGAUGUGUUGUUGCGAGCCGAGUGUGGAUAAGAGGUGGGGGAUGGACGAGGCGGCCGCGAGGAUCGAGGAGUUGAAGGAGCGGGAGGGCGAUGAGGAUUACUCGUCGUACGCGAGCGAGGGCGAGGGCUACUCGUCCGCGUCUAGAGCCGUCACUGAUGAUGAUUUCUCGUUUUCUAAAGCAAGUUGAAGAGCAUUCUUUUUCGGGCUAUUUGGUGUAUCCAAACAAAAUUUUAUUUUUUUAAUAUGGAAACAAAGGUUUUUUUUGUA